GCGGAGAAGGCGGCCCUGCGGCUGGCGUCAGCCGGAAGCGCUCAGGUCGUGUACCAUUUCCCGACCCAGCUGGGGAUGAUGCAUCAGCUGAAAGAGCAGCUGGAGGAGAGGACUCGCAUACUGCAAGCUGACAUCAAGACACAGCAAGAAGAGCUCCAUGUCAUCAAGGAGCAGCUCCAGCUAGUGCAGGACUCCAACCUGCAGAUGCUGAUGCAGCAGCCGAUCCCCGUCGUCUUUAACAACGUGCAGCACCCGAGCCCCAGGAGGCCGCCGCCGCCGCCGGGGACGCCCAGGCAGACCGCAGCCAAGAAGUCACAACAGCAAGGCCUUAUGGGGACGAAGCACUACUGCGGCACCCACCUGCCGUCACCGCGCCAAUUCCUCAGGGACCCCUGCGGCACGGCCGCCCAGGCACAUCCCAUUACGGUGGCUGCACAGCUGCCGACUGACGGCAGUGAAAGGCCACCACAGUCGGACUACAGCCAGGACAGGAGCCUCAGGAUGCUGUUGGAUCAGUCUAUCCAAGCCAUGAUGCCCGCGGCCAACGGCAGUGGCCAGUCCACGCAGAGCAGUGCCAGCAGGCAGCAAGGAAAAUUCGUUGCAGAGCAGCAGAUCUUGCCUCCCCCAAUACAGAUGCAACCGAUUACCUGUAGCACUGUCCGACCUCCAGCCCCGUCGCCUGUUUUCUCCCCAUCUCUGAUGAUCCCACACACCAGCUUCACAUCCCACCAGGCAAACACACCGGUUCAUCUCCACCAGUGGCCACAGCAACAGGUUCAGCCGCACCGGCUCUACCUUCAGAUGCAAGGUCCUGAGCUGGUGCCGGGGGGUCCAACGCAGCGCGUUUUCCAGCCACCCCACAACCCGCAGCAGAACCCC